AUGAAUACGCAAUACGGCGGAGGUGACAUGGCUACCGGAUCUGGUCGAAGUCAAGCUGGAACGAUCGCUGCUGGUGCAAGUCGAAGCCACAAUCCAUUGAGUUUGCCGUCAAUUCAGUUGCUGCAGGCACGCGAUAAUUGGUCCACCUGGCGUUUUGCUGUGCAAACAUUUUUGGAGUUGGAAGAUUUGUGGGACGCUGUGAAGCCUGGAAGAAACGCCGAUGGAACAUUUGCGGAAGUGGACGUGAUGAAGGACAGAAGAGCUCGUGGCAAGAUCAUACUCUUACUGGAUCCUGUAAACUACGUUCACGUCAAGGACGUUUCAACAGCUCGGGAGACGUGGUCGCGCUUGGAGGCAGCAUUCGAGGACUCCGGUCUAACCAGGAAAGUCGGACUGCUCAGGAAGCUGAUUUCAACGACUCUGGAGAACUGCGCGUCCAUGGAGGUCUUUGUGAACAGCAUCAUCGCAACAGCCCACCAGUUGCGCGGUAUUGGUUUCGAUAUUGGAGACGAAUGGAUCGGGACGUUGCUGCUCGCCGGCUUGCCUGAAGAAUAUCGCCCAAUGAUAAUGGCAAUUGAGAACUCCGGGUUGAAGAUAAGUGCUGAUGUUAUCAAAACAAAACUCUUGCAAGAAGUAAGUAUACCUUCAACCGGGGCUGCAUACGCAGGCAAGAAGCAAGUAUGGAAGCAAAGGCAAGACGCAAAUACGAAAACGGCAAGCAACGGUCCAAAGUGUAGAAACUGCAAGAAGUUCGGAUAUAUCGCAAAAUAUUGUCCAGUGAAGGUUUCGAAGCACGAAAAUGGAAAAGCGUGGUGUACCGUAUUAUCGACGAUCGCUGAGGAUGAUCAGAAUUGGUAUUUUGAUUCGGGAGCAUCCGGCCACUUCACGAAGACGGAAGAAUUGCUGGAAAAUUCACGUAAGUGCGGUGGAAAAGUCGUUGCAGCCAAUAAAGGUGCCAUGAACGUCGUUGCGAAAGGAACGGUUAAGAUAUACCCCGAAUGCUGCCCUGAAGAUUCGCCAAUAGAGAUGCAUGAUGUCCAGAUAGUGAAGCGAGGCCACGAAGUGAAGUUCAGCAUGGACGGAGUUCAAGUCAUCAAUCCAUCGGGACAGGUCAUCGCUACUGGUUCCAGACACAACGAUCUUUUCAAGUUGGACCAACUGGUGUCACGAUCAAGAGCGAAUGAACUUCUGGAGCUGGUACAUUCUGAUAUUGGCGGACCAAUGGAGGUCUCAUCUCUGGGUGGCAGCCGCUAUUACCUGACGUUUACGGAUGACAAAUCGCGCAAGAUUUGGAUCUAUUUUCUGGAGGAGAAAUCUGGAGAAAGUGUCUACAAGGCAUUUGAAAAUUUCCGAAGCAUGGCUGAAAAGCAAACGGGUAAGCAGCUAAAAACUCUCCGAACAGACAACGGCAAGGAGUUUGUGAAUAAGCGAUUAGAAGACCACCUACAGCGUUUGGGCAUACGGCAUCAAACUUCGGCGGAUUAUACUCCAGAGCAGAACGGACUGGCGGAACGAUGCAACCGAACCAUCGUUGAAAGAGCAAGAUGCAUGCUGUUCGAAGCACACCUUCCCAAAACGUUCUGGGCCGAAGCAGCCGCGACAGCAGUGUAUUUAAUAAAUCGAUCGCCAACCAAAGGACACCAAAUGACCCCGGAAGAAGCUUGGAGUGGUAGGAAGCCUGACCUAGCCCACGUGCGUAUUUUCGGAUCACCUGCAAUGGCGCACAUCCCUAAACAAAAACGCAAGAAGUGGGAUCCGAAGGCUUUCGAGUGCGUUCUAACCGGUUUUGAUGAGGACACGAAGGCUUAUCGUCUAUGGGACCCUGCAUCAAGAAAGCUGGUCAAGUCUCGAGAUGUGACGUUUCUCAGCGAGCAAGCACAGACUGUCGUACAAGACGUACAGAUUCAGGUGAACCACAAAUCGAAGAUUGUUAGUUUGGAUUACGUGGAAGUAGCUUCAUACGAACCUCAACCCAUUCAAAAUGCAAUCGAGGAACCGGACGAAGUAACAGCCGUUGAGGCAAUCGAUGAAACAAUGCCGAGAGAUGAAACUAUUAUCACGAGUGAUGAAAGCGACGAAGAAUUUCAAGAUGAUGCAGUUCCGACAUGUUCUCAGCAUCAGGUUCCAUUCCAACAAGAAACACUACCAUUGAGACGAAGUGGAAGGGAGCGCUAUCUUCCAGACAAACUGCGUGAUUUCUUCUUUCCAAGUCGAGGUUUGUCGUCGAAUCGUUUUUCUGGUGACGAGAACGAAACUGGUGACACCAUGGAGAAUUCAAACCGGAACAUGGAUCUUGUGACGAGCCAACCUCAACAAGGACUAGUGACUAUGGAUAAUGCAACUGGCGAUAGUGACCCCCGUACUCCAGCUGAAGCUUAA